UAGAUAAUAUAUCUAUACUUGGUUUGGAUCAAGGUUGUAUUUUACUCUUUUCGGCAACAGUUCUUUCUCGAAAUUCUUCAAUACAACGAACAAUUAUUGGUGGUAUACAAUUAAGUGAUGGUGAUCAAAAAAUAUAUCAUCGUCAUCCAUCAUGUGUAAAAAUUACUCAUGCUAGUAUUAAUGCAACACGAUCAUUAUGUUGCUUUGUAACACGUUCAGAAUCACAUCAUUAUGAGGUAUUUGUUGCUGUAAUUGGUUUACCUAAUUCAGGACGUUUAUUUUCACUUAAACUUUCACGUUCAAAUCCAAUUCGAGCAUAUCUUGGACCUGAUGAUAUUGUUUUAUUACUUUACCGAGAUGCUGUUACUGUAUUUCGAAUGCCGUAUGGUGAAAAUGUUCCGGAUAAAUCAGUUGCUGUUGAUAGAGAUGCACAAAUAAAUGAAUGUAUUUAUUAUCAAUGGGAUACAAUUCAACAACGACUACAUGUUAUACAAAAACGUUCAUCAACAUUCAUGAAAACAAUACCACCAAAUGGUUUUAGUCCAUUAGUUUAUACAGCUUAUAUUAUAAACUCAAAAGGUCAAUUUGAUAGUAUUAUGACACUUGAUUUUGAUUUUAAAUUACCAGAAUCUUCAUCAAGUCAUUCAAUUUUUGAAAUUCUUUCAAAUGAUACAAAUCUUUUUCUUUGUUGGCAAUCUACAAUGACAGAAGAAACUGACAAAGUUGAAUAUGCAGUUGUUUCACUUGGUCAUGGUCGUAGUUUUUAUGUAUCAAAAUCAUUAAAUCAAGGACAUUGGGAAAUAUUUCAAUCACGUCGAGUUCAUUUUGGUCUCCUUGAUGGUGAUUAUGUUUUUGUUGUUUUACGUGGUGAAUUUGUUCAUUUACUUAAUUUUAAUGUUCAAUUAAAUUUUAUUAAUCAUCUUUGUUUUCCCAAUGAUACAAUUAAUCUACCAUAUGAUACAAAAUAUACAACACAACGUGGACUUAUUACAAAAACAUCAACAUUACUUUAUGAAAAAAAAAAUCUUUUUACAUAUACUAUUGAAAUAUGUCCAAAUGAACUUAUUAAAACAAUAUCAUCAACAAAUAUGGAAUCGAUUAUUGCAUAUACAUUAGUUGCAGCAAAAAAUAAUAAUAUUUCAGGACAACUACUUGAACAAAUUUUAUUGAAUAUGUAUGAUGAUUUAAAUACAAAAGCAUAUCUUAAAGAAAUUCUUACUGGUAAGUUUUGUCUAUUGUGUUUCAAAUUUUAA